CGCUGUUGUGGCAUUGUUACGUCAUUGAUAAGCGACCAAAGUAACAGGAAAACAACCGGUGCUUACGUUGUUGCUUAUUCAAGGGAUUUGGUCUGCGAGCUGACUUCGUUUUUAUAUUCCGAAGAUGGUGAAUGUAUUAAAAGGAGUUCUUGUGGAAUGCGAUCCCGCGAUGAAGCAGUUCCUUCUGUACCUGGACGAGACCUCAGCUCUGGGGAAGAAGUUCAUAAUUCAGGACCUAGAUGAUACACACGUCUUUAUUUUGGCUGAAGUUGUGCACAUACUGCAGGAAAAAGUUGGCGAGCUCAUGGACCAGAACUCUUUCCCCAUCACACAGAAAUGAACUGCAUACAUUGUUAGCAAUUCUUAUUUGUUCUCUUGUUUUUGUGUAUUUGUUAAUUAGUCGUAAUGAUGAUCAUAAUAGCACCUAAGUGUGGUGCGUGCAUGUUAUCAUGAAACUAUGGCUUUCUGUUCACUUCUUUCAUUCAGUACACCGUUGAUAUUAUUUAAUUAAAUUAUCCUGAGAUAACAGA